GCCGAAAGGUGACGUCAUCUUGGGCGACCCUUUAGAUACAUGUGUAUAUAUUGUUCUUGCUUGGUUUAGUGUGUUAUGAUCAUAGACAUCCCGUUGGUUUAUAUCUUUUUUCUGCAUUUAGACUGAUACUGUAAUUCCCAGAUAUAACAAACAUGGCUGCUAGUUGUCGCAGGCCCGAGCACAUGGCACCUCCUGAGAUGUUCUACAAUGAGGAAGAGGCGAAGAAGUAUUCCCAAAACUCACGGAUGAUCGAGAUCCAGACACAGAUGUCAGAGAGAGCAGUGGAGCUGCUGAGCUUGCCAGAAGAUCAGUCUUGCUAUUUGCUGGAUGUAGGCUGUGGCUCUGGACUCAGUGGAGAUUAUUUAUCAGAAGAAGGUCAUUACUGGGUUGGUGUGGACAUCAGCACGGCCAUGUUAAACGUUGCCUCAGACAGGGAGGUGGACGGAGAUCUCGUAUUAGGAGACAUUGGACAAGGAAUGCCUUUCAGACCGGGGACUUUCGACGGAUGUAUCAGUAUUUCCGCUCUGCAGUGGCUGUGUAAUGCAGAUAAAAAGACACACAGUCCUCCCAAGAGACUCUACACCUUCUUCAGCACGCUCUACUCCUCUCUGACUAGAAGUGCUCGUGCCGUCUUCCAGCUUUAUCCGGAAAAUUCAGAACAGUUGGAGUUGAUCACAUCCCAGGCCAUGAGGGCAGGUUUCACCGGAGGUAUGGUAGUCGACUACCCCAACAGCAGCAAAGCCAAAAAGUUCUUCCUCUGCCUGUUCGCCGGUGUGUCUGGCGUCUUGCCCAAGGGUUUAGGGACUGAGACCGUUGACAGAAACGUUUCAAAUCAAGCGCAGUUCACAGGACAGAGAUCUCGCUUCAAAAACCUGAAAGGCAAAUCCUUGAAAAAGGGCAAGGACUGGAUCAAGGAGAAGAAGGAGAGGAGGCGAAGGCAGGGCAAGGACGUGAGGGCAGAUACAAAAUACACAGGCCGCAAUAGGAGACCUCGAUUCUGAAGACCGUCUUGACCGAUGCUCCGCCUCAAGAAGCGUCUUUUCCCAUUCAGGCAAUUUAUGGACUGUACAGGAGACCAUGGCUGACUCGGUGGACUCGAGCAGUGAGAACUCUUUUCUGAACAGCUGCUGAAAGAUAAAAUAUGGAUAUAGAAAACACAACCAUGGCAACAGGAUAUGAUUUUAGAUGGUGAAAUGAUUCUCAUUUGAAAGGCAUGAAAUUCUUAUUAAAUAAAAGUAUUUCUCUA